GUGAGUCUUUCGUGAGCCUUGGUUUACCCCACCUCAGACUUACACAGUUGAAGCUCACCUAGGUGAGUCAAGGUCUACAAACUGGUAAGAUGGUAGGAUAAUGGGCGCUAUGCUAAGGUAGUGAAUGCACUGUUCUCCGAUAGCAGGUGUGCUCAUUGACCCAGCUCAGGGGAAACUCUGAAUCUGUUCGUGAAAAAAGUUGCAGGAGUUCAGUUGACAAAACUCCAGAUUUUCCCCGCGAAUGUGGGGGAUCAGAGACUGACAGCGGGCAUUUUGAGUGCUCUGAUUGGCCGAAAGUAUUUUUGCCCCUCGGUGACGAGGUUCACCCCGCCAUAUCAAGCAUCAGGAUUCAGCAAUCGAGGACUUUACAGGGCACGGUGACAUCAAAUUCGAGUCAUUCAACCGAAGUAUAAGGUUUAGCUAGUAUGGAUCCGGCUCCCCGUCCCAACGCCCUCAAGUCGAUGGGCCAUAGGCUGUCACUGACCAAACUAAGAAGAGCGUUGAGUGGCAGGAAAAAGAAGCUUGAGGAGAUCCAGGAACCCGACGAACCCUACCAGACAACACCAACAACAACCAAACCAGAGGAGGGGCAAGAAGAAGAAGAAGAAGAAGACGACGACGACGAUAUGAACGAAGGAAACACUGUCAUCGGCCUGCUAGGUGGAGGGCAGUUGGGCCGCAUGCUUUGCGAGGCCGCGAACCCGCUGGGAAUCGACAUUGCCAUUUUGGACGAACACAAUGCGCCGGCCAAGCAGGCGCACAACACCAACCGCCACGUUGUUGGCUCUUUCAAGGACCCCGGGCGCAUCAAAGAGCUCGCUGCCCGCUCUGACUAUCUCUCAGUUGAGAUUGAGCAUGUCGACACCGAGGUGCUCGAGGACAUUGAGAAGAAUGGCGUCCCCGUUGAGAUCAACGGUGAGAUUGUUACUCACAGACCACCAAUUCACCCAUCAUGGAGAACUCUCCGUCUCAUUCAGGACAAGUAUCUCCAAAAGGAGCACUUCAAGUCCAGCGGCAAGACGAUCCCUAUUGCUGAGCAAAUAGCCAUCGAGUCUGGCGAUGCCGCCCUUGACUCGCUCAAAAAGGCUGGCAAGCAGUUUGGUUUCCCAUUCAUGCUCAAGGCUCGCAAGGGGAGUUAUGAUGGAAGAGGAAACUUCAAGGUCGACAGCGAGGAUGAUUUUGCGGAAGCGAUCAAGGCUCUGGGAACACUGCCUCUUUAUGCCGAGAAGUGGGCUCCCUUCGUCAAGGAGCUCGCUGUUAUGGUCAUCAGGACAGAGGACAGCGACGGCAAGCUCAAGAACUGUGUCGCCUACCCGGCAGUUGAGACCAUUCACGAGGACAGCAUUUGCACCAAGGUGUUCAUGCCCCCAAGAGACGUCUCUGAGGAUAUCUGUGAGAAGGCGAGGAAACUUGCUACCGAGGUUAUCAGCACAUUGUGGGGGAGGGGUGUCUUUGCCGUAGAGAUGUUUCUCCUCGAGGAUGCUUCUCUCAUGAUCAACGAGGUUGCUCCUCGCCCUCACAACUCUGGCCACUACACUAUCGAGGCAGUCCCUUACAUGUCCCAGUACAAGGCUCAGCUCCACGCUGUUCUUGAUCUCCCGGUCCCGGACAAGCUCAUCCCCAGAGUCCAGUCCUCCAUCAUGCUGAACAUUCUCGGUGGAGCCAAGCCAGACUCUCACCACCACCUCUCCGGUCUGGCGCGGAGCACAUACGACGACGACAUGGACGUCUAUCUCCACCUAUACAACAAGGAGUCCAAGCCUAGUCGUAAGAUUGGUCACAUCACCCUCACCGGAUUCUGCUCAGUCCAAGAGCUCGAGGCCAAGGCGAAGCCCUUUAUCGAUCUCGUCGACCAAAUCAGACUUGACCGCCUCGAGGCCACCUCGGAAACUCUCCGUCCUACCCAGGAGACUAACGGCUCGGCCAAGCCUGCGGAAAAAGCCCCCGUAGAACCUGCUACCGAUAACCACGUUGAGGCCCAAGAGCUGUCUGCUGAGGCAGCCUCCAGUGACAAGCCCCUGGUCCUGGUAACAAUGGGCUCCGACUCUGACCUCCCCGUCCUCAAAGCUGGCUUGGACAUCCUGAAGGAGUUCAACGUCCCCUAUGCUCUGGAUAUCACCUCGGCCCACCGCACACCAAAGUACAUGAUGAAGGUGGCCGACGAGGCGGCUGGCAAGGGCAUCAAGGUGAUUAUCGCUGCUGCCGGUGGAGCGGCUCACUUGCCGGGUAUGAUCUCUUCUGAGACGCCGCUGCCGGUGAUUGGUGUGCCGGUCAAGGCUACGCACUUGGAUGGGAUUGAUAGUUUGUUGAGUAUUGUGCAGAUGCCGAGAGGCGUCCCUACUGCUACGGUGGGUAUCAAUAACUCGACUAAUGCUGCGCUGUUGGCGAUCAGGAUCUUGGGGGCGUUUGUGCCAGAGUAUCAGCAGGCUAUGAAGAAAUAUCAGGUUGAUAUGGAGGAGGCGGUGAUUGUGAAGGGGACUAAGUUGAGGGAGGGGGGGGAUGCGGCUUAUCUGGCGGGGAUGAAGAAAUAGAUGCAACGGUUGUAGGUUGAAAUGUGUGCGAGUUAUAUCGGAGUGGGGGAAAGUGGGUACAUAAAAUGGUGAUAGGUCCGGAGUAACUUGUAGGAUGGCGAGUAGCUUUGCUUUUUCGUUUGUUCGUCCUUAUCUCUCAAUGUCACAUUUGGCAAUUUUUGGCCAAGUAGUUCCACCCAGCUGCUGAUGAUACAAAUGUUUUUGCUAUAUCUGGUCAACUGGUUCCAUCGAGGAGCGUCAUUCUUCAUUCCAGUCACAACCCCUCCGCCCGGCCAGCUUCUCCUCUCAAAACAUAUUCACGCAUGCACAAAUUCCUUCUGUCAUACAACAACCCUGCCCCCUUUCUCCCCUCUCACUGCCCAGUCUUCUUCCCGCCACCACCCACCCCCUUCUCCCCAGCCCUACUCCCAAUCCCCUCGGCGAUAUCCUUCCAAACCCACCCCGCCCUGCAAUUCUUCUCAUUCCCCUCCUGGAUGUUGAACUUCCCCACCGCCCUCCACCUCCACCACUUCCUCUUCUCGUUGACCGCCGUCGUAUCCCGCGUGAAAUUCACCAUGCCGAAGCGCUCCCUUGUCGGCUUGAGAUCAGACAGCAUCAUGGACGAGUGGCGGGGCGUCCCCGUCAGGCUGAGGGUGGUGAUGUCGACCUGGGUGUUUGGCGGGGCUGUUUUGGCAAAACGCUGGAGGAUGGAGGUCGACCAGCGGGCGUAGGGGGGCAGGCGGAGGUGGAUGAAGGUCACGAAGGGAGUGGUGAAGUAGCCGACGUAGAGGAGAGGGAUGAGGCCGCAGGCG